CCCAGUGCCCAGCAGCUCCCCUGGCAGCGUGGGGUGCCAGAGCUGGAGCCGUGCUGUCCCCACGGUGACUCCCCGUGCUGUGGCUGUCCCUGUGCCCUGGGCAGGCCGAGAACAUCAUGUUCCUGGAGCUGGACCUGUCCCCCCCGGCCAUCUUCGAGUUCGAGCGCGGCCGGGAGGCGGCGGAGCAGGACCCGCGGGCGCUGCACCUGGAGAGGCUGAUGCACCUGGACAGCCUCCUGGAGAGGCCAGCGGCCUCCCGCGUGCGCAAGUCCCGCUCCUGGUGCCAGACGCCGAGGUCGCUGCCAUCCUCCACCACCCACGUGUCCCUGGCCUCCAGCUCCCCGUGUGCCGCCCCACUGCCGGCCCAGGAGUGACAGCCUGGACACCUGGUCCCGGACUGAGCCCCCGAGGGCCGAGGGGGGCCCGGCCCAGCGGCCCCAGCUCAUCCUCAGCUACUUUGUGUGUGUUUGUGCAGACACGAGCGGCCCCGGGCCAGGG